AUGGAGAAUCCCUACGAAGAGCGGCAGUCGCUCCUCCUCGAGCGCAUCAUCCGCAACGUGUCGCUGCUCAACGAGGCGCUCAAGGAGGUAUCCACCUCCGUCACCCAGAUCAACCAGCACAACCAGGCCAUCACCAUCGCCGGCGAAAUGUGGGAGGGCUAUCGGAGGAACGCGGCAUUUAACUUGCAGAACAUCGAUGGGCUCGCCGACCAGCACGCCUCGCCGGACACACGGAGCGACGAGACCCAGCACGCUGCAUAG